GUUCCUACGCGGGCGCUUACGUCCUCGAAAGGCUGCCGGAGGACUCGCCUGUCCUGGACUUCUGCAACUCCUAUGACACAUCUGGUGCCAGAGAGAGCUUUUUGAUUGACCAGGAUAAGAGAAGGAGGAAACUCAAGAGAAGAAUGUCGACUGGAUGUGGCAGGUCGGAAGUUCGCAAGGCGCUAGCAGAGGAAUUAAGGAGGCUUGAAGCGGCGGAGAGGCAUAGGUUGGAUGCGGAGAGGCGGGCAGCGGUCAUUGCGAGGUAUCUGCCGCUGAUGAUGAAGGCCGCGGAGGACCUGACGGCCGCCCAGGCCUAUGCCAGGAUGGCCGCCUUGCUGGACAUGCUGGCCACGGCCGCGGUGGUCACACUCGUGGUGUUUGUCGAUGGCUUUGGCGCCCUCGCGCCCCUGUACAUCGUGUUCGUGAGCUGGCGCUGCCGCGACCUGCUCCCACGGCCGCAGCGGCAGUGGCGCGGCGUGAUGGCCGCGGCCGCGACCGUGGCGUGCGCGGCCUGUGUUUCCAAGGUCGUGGCAUCCGCGGGCUUCGUCUCCAAGGCCGCGGCGUGCGCGGCCUUCGUCUCCCAGGCCGUGGCGCACGCGGCCUUCUACCCGUGCGUGGCGCUACUCGUGGCUCGUGCAGCACUCGUGACACUGACACGUGUAGGCCUGCCCCUGGGUAGCGGCAUGGGCGGCGCCGCCGCCGCCGCCGCCUGGGCCGUGAACGGCCUGUUCGGCGCGCCCGUGCCCAAGGACAAGCUGAUCCUGGCUGUCCUGGCCAGCGAGGCGGCGGUGAGUGGCUACCACGCCGACAACGUUGGCCCCUCGCUACUGGGCGGCUUCGUGCUCAGCCGCUCCUGCAACGGCGCCGGCCCCACGGCUGUGUCCAUCGUGGACGACCCGGCUGUGGGUGCUCGGGUGGCUGAGGCGAUGUCCGCCGCCUUCCGCAACGCGGGCAAGCUGGACGUGAACACGGCGCAGUGCAGCGCUUGCGCAAUGUCCGCCGUGUUGACCGCUUACACGCCCCCCUCCCGGUGAUUUUGGUGCUUGCAGGUCGUGAAGCUGGAUCCGGAGGGCGCCAAGUUGUGUAAAGAGCGUAGAGCGUGUGGAGUUGUGUUUUGUGUGCGGCGUUACUUGUGUGCUGGGUGAUAUGGGGGGCUUGUGGCAGUGUGGCAGGCAGGCAGGCAGGCCGUCAAACGACAAGAGCCAGGUGGAUCGCCACGGCGGCUUGACGGGGGAGGGGGCGUUCGGCAUUUGGCUUGUACACGGGGAGUGGCUGCCGCAUGGCCAUGACACUGGGGGUUUGACACGGUGGCAGCUGAAAGACGUGCUUGGCGCUGCAUUUGCAAAUCAGGGGCACCCCUUGUGGGUGUGUUUGAAAAGUCGCAACACGCA